AUCAAACUUAACUCAAAUGCAAUGAGUUUAAAAUUUAUAUAUUUUGUGUGUGUAUGUGUUAUAAUCUUCUACACUACUUCUGCACAGAUAUUAUACUGUACGUUUCGAAAUGAUAGUACUUACGGCUACACUUGUGACAUUUAUAUUCUCAACCCAACUGGAAACUAUAACUUUUCAAGAGUCUUAGGAUCACAUUUCACUGGAAAGACUGAUCAAGAUGUUCGAUUCAUUAAAAGAAGCGAUAAUUCUAAUACUACAAAUGUGCCGUACAUCAUCUGCGAAACAUUCCAAAAUGCAAUCUGGUUUGAUUUACAAUCAAUAAGAAUUAGCAGACUAGAUGAAAAUACAUUUUGGGGAUGCAAAAGUCUUAAGUACUUGUACUUAAACAACAAUCUUUUAACAACACUUCCACCUUAUUUAUUCUCCGUUCAUCCUUCGUCUCACAUAAACGAGGCUUUAACACUACCAUGGGAUAUGUUUAGCUCUCAUUUACAAAGUUUGGAGAUUUUAAAUUUGAGCAAUAAUCAAAUAGAAGAGAUUCUACCUUUGACUUUUAACUCGCUGAUUAACUUAAAAUCUUUAUAUUUACAUUAUAAUCUAGUUGAGGAAGUUCAACCUGAGACUUUUAGCUCUUUAAAUAAUUUAGUGACAUUAAACUUUAAUUACAAUAAAAUUAUCAAAUUAGUUCCAAAAUCAUUUGAGUCCUUAGUUCAUUUGACGUCAUUAUAUUUAGACCAUAACCAAAUUGAGGAAAUUCAGCCAGAUAUCUUUAGUCCACUUAUCAAUUUAAAGACAUUGGAUUUGUUUAAAAAUCAGAUUGAAGAACUUCUACCGAAGACGUUUAAAUCAUUAAUUAGUUUAAGUGAACUGUAUUUAUCAUCUAAUAAUAUAUCAAGAAUUUAUUAUGAUUCAUUCGAAUCUUUAGAAAAGUUAUUAAUUUUACAAUUACAAUACAAUCAAAUUGAUGAACUUCCAAGAAAUUUUAUAAGCUCAUCAAAACAGCUUCCAAAGAUUGAUCUUAACAACAACAAACUCAAAGUCAUCCACUCAUUUGGUGUUUUACCAAAAUUAAUCACAGUUAAUUUGCAAAAUAAUCAAAUUGAUGCGUUUGAUCAAGACUUAAUUGAUGACACUGGAGUUGUUACUUUAGAUAUGAGAAAUAAUUCAUGUGCAAAUUUUGUUAUUACUGACCGUACAUCUUUAAGAUUAGAUAUGAGAAUGAAACUUUUGAAUUGCUUUUCAAAUUACGGUAAUUUACCGCCAGAAUCAACAACUGCUCCAACAACAGUCUCAACUACCACAGAAUCAACAACAACUGCUUUAACUUUACCUCCAGGAUGUAUCGAAGGGAACUUUUUUUUUUUCAUUUUAAUUGCACUUUAUUGCAUUUAUUGACGACAUACUGUCCGGAAAUAAUUCACAUUUUACACUUUUGUAUUUGUAUACAUAUGAAUUAGUAUUAUGUAGGAUCAAACUUCUAAUCUUCAUAUCUAGGUUUCAAAUAAACUAAGGCUCUCGUUUCGAUCUUCUGUAGGCGUUACGUGAUACUUUUCAGGUCCGUUCUAUCAAUAUUCCAUUCGUGGGUAAUCUUGUAGCUCUCGUUCCUAUUUCUCCCGCUACACUUCAAGUUCCUGACCCGUUCCUUAAUCCAACGUUGCCCAAAUGCCCAAUUAUGGCUUGAUCUCGUACAUUAAGCAGUCGAAGUAUCUAAACUUCCGAAAAAGAACAAAUUUGGAAAUGGCUGGAUUCGAACCGACGACCUUCGAGUUACCAUCCCAAAUUUGAGCCAAGCGCCUUACCUAUUCGACCAGCAAGG